GGCGUCUCAGUGUCGUCGCGACGACCGACGUCGUACUCGCGCUCCGUCCUCGUAUUUUCGUAAACGCGUCGUCUCGCGGUAUCAUUUCGAUUCGUGCGGGUGGUGCAUAAGAAGAACGGGGUUAAUCGUCCACUUUGUCGACUCACCGAGCGAUCUAAAAAAGAUUGAGAAAGAGGGAGAGAGAGAGAGAGAGAGAACGUCGACGAAAUUCGUGGCACGAAAUCGUUUUUGAACCUCUGCUACUAUCUUUUUCUCUCUCUCUCUCCCUCCCUCUCUCUCUCUCUCUCUCUCUCUCUCUCUCUCGUGGAAAUCUUAAUGCGCGCGUGCGGUGCGAAGUGAUAGGCUAACGUAAGAGAAGAAAAAGAGAGAGAGAGAGAGAGAGAGAGAGAGAAAGAAAGAGAGGGAAGGCAGAAGAGGAUCAUCGAGAGCGCGAGUGACCUUCGGACUCGGUGUAAUUCGGACAAUGAUUUUAUCACGAUCGGAAUAACUCGUGCAAAAUGAAGUUUCGUGAGAAGUACGAUAAAGAAAGAAAGUAAUAGGAUUGAGUUUUCGAAGAUAUCGAGGAGUCGUCUAAAAAAUAUUACUAGUCCGUCGACAUAUGUACUUAGAUACAUAUCAUUGGAAAUGUCAUUGAUUUCGUUGCUGUCGUCUACCAAAAGGAGGACUUGAGGAGGAUAACGACGUUAUUAGGAAUCGAGAGAUCAAGAAAAAUCGAUAUCGAAUUAAUUCGUAUAUAAAUAUAUACACGAACGCACACAUAUACGUGUAUAUAAGUAAUUGUGUGUACUGUUUUAUAUUAUAUUAUUUUUGUUGUUAUUAUUAUUAUUAUUAUUAUUAUUAUUAUUAUUAUUAUUUUGUUUUGUUUCUUAAUCGCGCGUUUUGGUGUCUCUAUCACAUAUAAUAUCUCUAAAUAAUAUAACAAGUUCGUAUUCGAUCUUUCGAUUUUUCGAUCUUUCGUUCGUUCGUUCGUUCGUUCAUCGUCCGUCGACGACGUCGUGUCGACGAAAAAAAAGACGGAACUCACGUUAUUCCGGCCGCGAGUGUGCGACGCUCGCGCGUGCAGAUGAGGCCACGAUCGAUCUGUGAAAGGGUGGCGGAGGAGUAUCGCGACGAAGAGUAUCGUCACGGGUACUACGAGAAUCGGUGCUUCUGACAACCGAUCGAGCGGAGGGACAGACAGACGGUAGUGUGCCACAACAGUCGCGGUGCUUGCGAAUACUCGAUGGAUGAGUUCCAUCCAUUCAUUGAGGCCCUCCUACCAUUCGUGAAGUCUUUCUCGUACACGUGGUUUAAUCUACAAGCCGCCAAGAGGCGUUACUAUAAGAAACACGAGAAACGGAUGAGUCUUGAAGAGGAACGUCAGUGUAAGGAGGAACUUCAGAACGAAAAGCUGGAGGUGAAACAGAAAUGGGCCUCGCGGCUUCUGGGAAAGUUACGAAAGGAUAUCACGCAAGAGUACAGAGAAGAUUUCGUACUAAGUAUCACAGGGAAGAGGCCAGCCAUGUGUGUCCUUAGCAAUCCUGAUCAAAAGGGCAAAAUGAGGAGGAUCGACUGUUUGAGGCAAGCCGAUAAGGUAUGGCGAUUGGACCUGGUAAUGGUGAUUCUCUUCAAAGCAAUUCCGUUGGAGUCGACGGACGGGGAACGGCUUGAGAAGACCGCGGAAUGCGCUCAGCCGGGCCUCUGCGUCAACCCUUAUCACAUCAACGUCUCCGUCCGGGAACUCGAUCUCUACCUCGCCAAUUUUAUCACCAGUCACGAGGUCCUAAAUGGCAUCUGCAAUGCAAGCAAAGAAGAGGAAAGGCGGCGAAAAGGUGCAGGAUACCACGAACUUUAUAACGGUGUCGUGUGCAAUGACACGAUCCUCGCGACAGGUGUCUUCAGCUCGAAGGAGCUCUGGAUGCUUUCAAAAGCGUCCAUACUGCAUGACCUCAGCGACAUGCAGCCUCAAAUAAACGCGAUCAAAAUAGAGCACCCGCCGUACUACUGCAGCAGCUACACCCCUCCAUCCGCAGCCACGGCCGCGGAUCAUACUCAGCCUGCGGCUAGCUUCAGUCCACCACCGGUACAUCAACUGAUAAGAAACGACAAGACUGAAAAAGCUCCAACGGUCUCGGUUUCGAGUGCGGCGACAUUUUCGCCAGUUCUCAGGCCAGAAGAUGGUCAUCGUGGAAUGGAUUCGCCUCAUUCGCAGACGGGAUUGCAUUCACCCCACGAAGGAAUGGCCGGUGGAUCCGGUCAGAGUAUGUCCGGUCUCGCUUACUAUCAACCUGAACAUCCUGCCUCAACGGGAGUGGUCAAGUAUCCGGAAAAUGGUCACGAUACCCUUUCGGAUUUCGUGACGUUCGUUUGUCAAGAAGCUGAAAAUACGCAGCAACUACCCCAGGCGCAGCUAGCGGGACCGCGUACUGGCAUACAAAAGUUCUCACAGUAUUAUCCGAGCUCGAUGUUACCGCCACCUCCACCGGCGCCAAUGGCGAGACCGGUUGCGAUCAUCAGGUCGACGGGUGAGUUGACUGGUACGAGCGCAAAUUCACCGCCAACUUCCUCAACGUCUCCGACGGAUCCAAGCGAGCUUGGACCCAAUCAACAGGAACAGAUGGCAGCAGCAGCGGCGGUCGGCUUGGUCAGUUCGGCCUGUCAGAACUCCGUCGACCCGGCCGGUAGAAAAAGUCCCACGAGAAUCCUUGUCACAGCACCUCACACCAGCAGGGAAUACACGUUCGCCCAUUUUCAUUCUCAACCAGGACAGCAAAUCUUUACGUAUCCCACUAUCAGUUCGAUGUCAGGGGUAAUAUCUCCGACGAAUCUCUCACUCUUUUCGUCUCCGGUUUCGGUGACGAGACCAGUAGCCACACAAAGGUCGGUCUCAAAUGUACCACCACGCUGGAAUACAACACCAUUUAUCAACCUGGAGGAUGAUUAUAAUAUGAUAGCACCUAUCAUCGCGGGAACAACCAGUGAACCACCGCCGACGAUGGACGAAGAUCGGUACUUCCAUCCGGUUCAUACGAGCAGCGUCGUGGACAAAAGUGGUACUGGUAAUCUCAUGGGAACCGACUUAGGCGUGGCUACCGAUCCCACGUCACAUCACCAUCAACAACAACAACAACAACAACAACAGCAGCAGCAGCAACAGCAGCAGCAGCAACAGCAGCAGCAGCAACAGCAGCAGCAACAGCAACAACAGCAACAACAGCAGCAAGUGAUGCAAGACAAAAGCGGUAGACCCAAGUCUCCCCCGUGACACUGGGGUCUUCGACCGGAAAGUCUCGCGACUUCAGCGGCGCCAUGUUACACGGGGUCGUUACUCACUCCCAUCCACGAUAAUAGUAACCAUUUAUAUCACUCCGAUAACGAGGGUGAACAUUCGGAUUCCUCAUGUCGCGUCCAACGUCGCGACUUGAGUUUCCGAAGAAUUGAGUGCCUGAGAGUCUGAACGUACUAUAAUUUGAUGUAAGCGUAAAGACCGUCGAUUACCCUUCGUACGUCGAACGUACGUUCGAAAUUUGAUUCCUCGAACGGACGUGAGUAAAAACCUCCUUUCUCUCUUCUCCUUUUCUUUUACUCUAUAACCUCAUAAAAAGAAAAAAACAAAAUACGGAACAAAAAAUCAAAUGAUGUCUCCUUUUUCUCGCUAUUCUAGUUCUCCUUACUUUCUCUUCCAUUUUUAUUUUCUGUUUCUUUUCGAAUAUCUUUCGCAUAACUUUCCAUAAUCCAAUCGAUCUCACUUCGCGAUACGAAAGGAUUCUAGCGGAGAUUCACUUUCAACGUGCCAAUUAUGAUGAGGGAGGAAGGAAAAAAGGUAGGGAUUGAUCGGUGAUACCGAUUCAAGGUUCUAUUUGUUCUUUGUUAUGUUUUCCUUUUCUAUUUUCAAACGGUCUGCCAAUUACGACGAUGACGAUUAUAACGACGAUCGAUUGAUUAAUCUAAAAUAAUUACGUUAACGCUCAGACCUAAUGCUAAAUAUAUCUGCUAGUGGAAAAAAAAAUAAUAACGAAGGACUAGCGCGUGCUAGUUACCAGAAGAUGCUAGUUAAAAACAAAGUGAAUAUUUCAUAUUUCAUUACUCGAACUCGAUAAGCAAUUAAUUGAUUAAUGCGUUGUACGUAAAUAUAUUUAUACAUACAUA